GAAUACCUACCUAGGUAGAUACAUAUCCCUAGAUAAGUCGAGGCGGCCGCUUUGGAUAGCUGCAGCGAAGCCCGGGAUAGUGGGUCGAGUCGCGAGGGACGGGCCAAGGGAAACGUGGCUCUGGGUCUCUGCUGGGCUGGGAUUUCCAGGCCCCGACGUGUGCUCCACGCAGCAGCAUUGGCCGUCAGCUCCUCUAUUUUGGGCAUGGCUACGGCACACAACGUGCGUGCAUCAGAGCCUCACCAAGCCCCUCGAUUGGCCCGGGAAAUGGCUUUUUGUGCGCUGCCCACACCUUUGCAGGCCAAGGGAUCUGCAAGAAUACUUCCCUUUCUCUGGAAGCGGGAGUGCUCAGCACACGGUACCAGGUUCGCGCUGUGGAGCCAACAUGAACUCCCGCAGAUCGGCCCCGUCCCAUGCCAAUCCAAAUAAUAAUAACCAAGGUCAGCGCUGCCCGCCCGUGCUCCUGCCGCCCCGAGUGUUUUGCCCCUAAAAAAUUUCCCAUGCUCUAAAUCUGGCUCCUCCCCAGGCACGGACAGAUCGCUUGGCUGAGAUUUUCCCGAUAAACAGCCUCGGCGUCGGCCUCUGUCCCUUUUGCUUCUUUUUCGGGACACAACUUUGGAGAGCCAAGUCUCUUGCAGCCACGCCGCCCCAUUCGCCCACAGCUUCUCCGACUCUAUUUCCUUUGCUUUCGCUUCUUCCUUCCCUCUAGACUACAGCGGAAACGAUUCACUUCAGCGAGCCUGUGGCGCCUUUGUAAUCUAUUGAUUUCUCACCACUGUUAGAUUUCUGUUGCCUUCACUCCCUGAUUCCCCGAAGCUCCUCCUUGGCCACACUCCUAGCCUCGUGGAAGCACCGCACCCAUCGCGACCUCGAAAAAACCAGGACAGCGUUUCGAUAUUUAUUUAGACUUGACAGCAACCUGUCUAGAACACCACUUUGGCUUGGGAAGCUCGAGUCGAGACCAGCCAUUGCCCCUGGCGCCACCCACGAAACCGACCGUCUGCUGCUCCAGCUGCGACUUGGAGCCGCACCGCUGCAACUGCCAGCCCCACUCCAAACGUACCACCCGGCGAAGUGAAUUCGACGACGACACGCGCAUGUUGGCGACGAGCGGUUGACCCGACCAUACCAUUCCUCUUCCGCAUACCCCACUGCUAUCGACGCGCGACUACAGCGGUGCCGGGCUCAAGAUGAUGACUUUCAAGCGCGCGCUGAUAGCGACGGUCUUCUUCCUCACCGCCAUAUACUACCUGACGCGGCCGUCGCCGAGACCAGACACCUUCGUGGCACCGGCCAGCGACUUCAACGGACAGGAGCUCCUCGUGGACACAAGGCGACCUUCGACCACAGCAACAACACAGCAACAAAAAGAUGCCAGCCAGGCUGGGAGGCUGGGGAAGACAGGCGGUGACAAGCUUGGAGUGCCGGGCCAGAGGCCGAUAAUGGACGUCAAGAUGAACCUCUACGAGAAGCUGGCGUACCAAUACCCGUACGACGUCGAGACCAAGUUCCCCGCCUACAUCUGGCAGACGUGGAAGUACACGCCAGCGCACGGCGAGUUCAAUUUCCGCGAGCAAGAGGCCACCUGGACGGACCAGCACCCGGGCUUCAUCCACGAGGUCAUCACCGACACGGUCGCCGUGCACCUCCUGCGCCUGCUCUACGCCUCGGUCCCCGAGGUGCUCGAGGCCUACGAGGCGCUGCCGCUGCCCGUGCUCAAGGCCGACUUCUUCCGCUACCUGAUCCUGCUGGCCCGCGGCGGCAUCUACACCGACAUCGACACGUACGCCCUCCGCAGCGCGCUCGAGUGGAUCCCCGAGAGCGUGCCCCGCGACGCCGUCGGGCUCGUCAUCGGCAUCGAGGCGGACCCCGACCGGCCCGACUGGAAGGACUGGUACAGCCGCCGCAUCCAGUUCUGCCAGUGGACCAUCCAGGCCAAGCCUGGCCACCCGGUCCUGCGCGAGAUAGUGUCACGCGUGACGCAGGAGACGCUGCGGCGCAAGCGCGCCGGCCUGCUCGAGACGAGCGACAAGAACGUGGUCGAGUUCACGGGGCCGGCCAUCUGGACCGACAUCGUCUUCGACUACUUCAACGACGACCGCUACUUUGACAUGACCAACUCCAAGGGGCCCAUCGACUGGCGCAACUUUACGGGCAUGGACAUGCCCAAGCGCGUCGGCGACGUCAUCGUCCUCCCCAUCACGAGCUUCUCGCCGGGAGUGCAGCAGAUGGGCGCCAAGGAGUAUGAUGAUCCCAUGGCGUUUGUCAAACACGACUUUGAGGGCACAUGGAAGCCCGAAGAAUUACGCCACAUUGGCGAGCAAACAGAGGACGAAAAGGACGAGAAGGAGAAGAAGCCCUGAGAUUCUCGCAGUAGACGAGCGACCCUGACGAUAAUUCUGAUUUCGCAACCACUUUCUUUUCCUUUGUCAGACUUAUUUGCUUCAUUUUCCACCUAGCAUUUUGCGGGCGAACCAAGGCGUUUCACAACCGGACUCGAGCACAAUCCGUAGAGGUUUUUCUUUUUUUUUUCCUUUUUUUCCCUUUUUUUCUUUUUUUCUUUUUCAAUUGCAUCGCUUUCAUAUUUUCUUGGCCCGUCGUUUUCUUUCUCCAUGUUACAAGGCUACAGACACGGCCGUGUUUCUCUCCAAGAGAAGAUCAGCAGCACAACUAGACCCCAAGGAGACCACAGGAACGGGCCAGACACGAAGGGGACACCAUUGUCAAAGGCAUACACAAAAUGGGGCAAAACUCAUUCGUUUACAGCAUACCGGGGCAGGGCUUAGAGGCAGUGCCCGCCCUGAUGUCCACGGGGGGACGCCUCCCCUUUUCUAUUCCUACACUUACUGCCGCGGCAUUGCAUCGCCAGAUCAUCUACCAGUCGCUUUAUUACUAUUUCCUGGAAUGUCAAAUAGAGCCUUCCUCUGGGAAGAUACGCAGUUAUGAACAACCUCUGAAGAUAUCUUGGGCUUGGUAUGG